AUGAGCUCGUCUGAGACUCCUGUCCAGACUAAUGGCCUGGCUGAUGGCCACGAACCGUCCCACACCUAUGUUCCCAACCAGGGUUAUGUCAAUCCCGAAGGCACAACCGCUGCGGCGGGGCAGGAAUCUACCGAGUUGCAAGACGAGGAGGGUGAAGAUGAAUACUACAACGACAUUUUCGACGAAGAACUGGACACAGAGGAUUUCUCAUCAUCCAAUCCCGCCGACCUUACCAAAGCCUACAACCGCCAGCGGAAAUUGAACGAUGUUGCCGCCGAUCCAAAUGCGCCGAAAUGGACCUACCCAAAGACCAACACGCAAAAGCCUACCAUCAAUACGCACGCUUCCAUCGACGACCAGGUGAAGUCUCUGACUCGCCACGCCGCCAAGAUCAAGCUUGAUGAACAACAGUCUGGUCUGUCAGGCAAGGGUGACCGCGGAGGAGAUCGUGCGGACCGUGCGACAUCGGAACAAGUGCUGGACCCCCGCACACGUAUGCUGUUGCUGCAAAUGAUCAACCGUGGAAUUGUGUCGGAGAUUCAUGGAUGUCUGUCUACCGGAAAGGAGGCCAACGUAUAUCAUGCUAUGUCGAUUCCCGAGGAGGAGGACGCUGCCCCAGUCCAUCGUGCCGUCAAGGUUUAUAAGACUAGUAUCCUGGUCUUCAAGGACCGCGAUAAGUAUGUCACUGGCGAGUUCCGCUUCCGCCAAGGAUACAGCAAGAGCAACAAUCGGGCGAUGGUCAAGCUCUGGGCCGAGAAGGAAAUGCGCAACCUGCGCCGAAUCUAUGCCGCUGGUAUCCCCUCCCCAGAGCCCCUUUACCUCCGUUUGCAUGUUUUGGCUAUGGGUUUCAUCGGUAGCUCUAAGGGCAUUGCUGCCCCUCGUCUGAAAGAUGUUGAAUUCGACCGGUCCGAGGCCGGGGAACGUUAUCGCUCUCUGUACAUCGAACUGAUCGGCUAUAUGCGAGUCAUGUACCAGACCUGCCGCCUGGUACACGCUGAUCUGAGCGAGUACAACAUCCUCUAUCACAAGAAGCGUUUAUACAUUAUUGACGUCAGUCAAAGUGUUGAGCAUGAUCACCCUCGCAGUCUGGAGUUCCUUCGUAUGGAUAUCAAAAACGUCAGUGAUUUCUUCCGCCGCAAGGGUGUGGACACCCUGCCUGAACGCACUGUCUUCCAAUUCAUCAUGUCUCCUGAGGGCCCGACCACUGUCACUUCUGAUGGCGAAAUGGACCUAGCGAUUGAGAAACUUCUGUCUGCCCGUGAAGAAGGCGAUGAUGCCCAGCACGAAUCGGAGGAUGUCGAUACUGCCGUAUUCCGUCAGCAGUAUAUCCCUCAGAAUUUGGAGCAAGUCUACGAUAUUGAACGUGAUGCUGAGAAGAUUCGUGAUGGUACUGGUAGCGACCUUGUGUACGGAGACUUGCUUGCCGCUGGCAAGACCAAAUCCACACCCGCCGAUGAGGAUGUCGACGAGGAGUCCGAUGCUAGUGGUGGUGUCUCCGUCUCCGGCUCUGAUGAUGAGAGCGAGGAAGAGAAGGACCCGUUUGCACCGAAACAGCCUCGCGGAAAGCGUUUCGAAGACAAGGAUGCCAAGCGUGAGCAUAAGUUGAAGGUCAAGGAGGAGAAGCGCGAGGCACGCUCGAAGAAAAUGCCUAAGCACAUGAAGAAAAAGCUGGUUUCUACUUCUUCUCGCAAGAAGAAAUAA